GCAAGGUCUAUAUAUAGAGCUUCAUGUAAGUGGCUGCUUCUUGUGAGCAGCUAUUGCUAGCUUAACUAAGAAAACCAAAUUAGUAUGGAGGAAAUAACCGCCGCUCCGAUUACACCCCGGCCGGUCACCACCGAUGCUACUCCGGCAACCACCGCUGCUCCUCAGAGCUCAGAGCCGAAGAUGUCCAAGGCGGCGUCCGUGUCCCGGGAACCGCUCGUGAUUCCGCCACGCGGUGGAGUUGACCAGAUAGAGAUAAAGGCCAAAACCCCAAAAUCCUUAACUCCGAGAUCCCGUACUCCACGCUUCAUGACUCCUAUAGGGAGCCCCGUUAGGAGGGCUCUUCAGCUCACGAGGCUUGACCCCGAAGACGCCUGGCUUCCCAUCACCGAGUCUAGAAAUGGUAACGCUUACUAUGCCGCCUUCCACACUCUUUGCUCCGGCAUUGGGAUUCAGGCCCUCGUGAUCCCUGUCGCCUUCACCAUUCUUGGGUGGACAUGGGGGAUUAUAUGCAUGACGUUAGCGUUCUUAUGGCAACUUUACACUCUGUUCCUGCUCGUGCAGCUUCAUGAAUCUUCUGAAACAGGCCUUCGCUAUUGCAGAUACAUUCAACUUUGCAACGCAUGUUUUGGUGAGAAGCUAUCGAAGUUCUUAGCCCUGUUCCCAAUUCUCUACCUCUCCGGCGGAACUUGCGUGGCGUUAAUCGUCCUCGGAGGAGCAACAUGCAAGAUGUUCUUCCAAAUCGUGUGCGGUCAAACAUGCACCAUCAAGACCUUAACACCCGCAGAGUGGUACUUGGUCUUUACAUGCGCGGCAGUGAUCCUGUCUCAGCUUCCCAACUUGAACUCCAUCGCCGGAGUGUCUCUUGUUGGUGCCAUCACUGCUAUCGGCUAUUGUACGCUCAUUUGGGUUGUGUCUGUUGACAAGGGUAGACUACCUCAUGUGUCCUACAAUCCCCUGAAGGCCGACAAACAAUUCAUACAAUUCUUCGAUGUUCUGAAUGCUCUUGGAAUGAUUGCUUUUGGCUUCAGAGGCCACAACCUUAUCCUUGAGAUCCAGGCUACAAUGCCCUCUAGUGAAAAACACCCAUCACGCGUGCCUAUGUGGAGAGGUGUACGGUUUUCAUACACACUUAUAGCAUUGUGCAUCUUCCCUCUCGCAAUUGGAGGUUAUUGGGCAUAUGGUCAAAAGAUACCGGAACAAGGGGGUAUGUUUGCAGCCUUGUUCACCUUCCAUUCGACUGACACCUCCCAAUUCGUCCUAGGGCUAGCAAGUUUGUUUGUGAUAGUCAAUGCACUGAGCUCCUUCCAAAUCUACGGCAUGCCCAUGUUCGACGAAAUGGAGUCCCAUUACACUAGGAGGUUCAAGAAGGCUGCUCCAUGGUGGCUCAGGGCUAUUAUGCGAGCUAUGUUUACUUACGGCUGCUACUUCGUAGCCGUGGCCAUCCCCUUCUUGGGAAGCUUGGCUGGACUGAUAGGAGGGAUUGCAUUGCCGGUGACUUUGGCUUAUCCAUGUUUCAUGUGGCUCAAGAUGAAGAAGCCAAAGAAGUACACUCCAAGCUGGUGGAUCAAUUGGGUACUUGGGGUUGUGGGUAUGUGUUUAAGCGUGCUUUUGAUUGUGUCUGGUACUUAUGUCGUAAUUGAUACUGGUAUUAAGGUGAGCUUCUUCAAACCAACGUGAUUGAAAAGUAAUGUCACAGUGUCGAUGAUAUUAUGUUCGAAAUUGUAAAACCCUAGCUAUCCUAGCUAGCUACUUAUAUAUUGUUUUCCGACUUUUCCCCACUUGUGCCAAAUCCCAAGUAGAUGGCACGUACUCUUGGUUGUGAUGUUUGAAAAGAGUUAUUGGUAUUACGUACAGUGUAAUAUUUCUACAUAUAUAGUGGAUCAAAGCAAAUUUUUUGUA